GAAUUAGAGACUUUUAUGAAUUGGAGAGAGUGGGAGGAAAGCAGAAAGGCAAAGCGGCGCCUAAAUCAAAUAAGGCGUCCUUUGUAGUUUGAUUUCCCAAAUCCCAAUGACAAACAAUUGCAAGCAUACGCUUGAAUUUGAAACUGAUAAUAAUAAGCCUUCUAAGAUAUCAAAACCCGAUAACCAUAACAUGACCCACAAGAACUCGGCGGCUGGGAUCCAACGCUAUUUGGUUGCCAUCGAGUACAUCGGCACUCACUUCUCCGGUUCUCAGAAGCAACUCUCUUGCCGAACCGUCGUCGGUGCUCUCGAACAGGCUUUCACCAAAUUCAUUGGCCAAGCAGUUACCGUAUCCUGUUCAAGCCGAACUGACGCAGGAGUCCAUGCCUUGUCAAAUGUUUGUCAUGUUGAUAUCCAACGCACCAGUAAACGGAGGCCGGGUGAAGUGUUACCGCCUCAUGAACCUUCCGUCGUUCGAAGAGCUGUCAACCAUUUCUUGCAGAAGAAUGAUAGCGACUUAACGGUUAUUGAUGUCCGUUGCGUUCCACUCGAUUUUCAUGCCAGAUUUUCAGCACAAGAGCGCACAUACUUUUAUCGCUUGCUGUCCGGGCCAGAGCCUGUAUCAGCCUUUGAGAAAGAUCGAGCAUGGCAUGUGCCUGAAGAGCUUAACCUUUCAGCUAUGCGAGAAGCUUGCAAAGUUCUUGUCGGACGCCAUGAUUUUAGUUCCUUCAGGGCUGCCGGUUGUCAGGCAACAUCACCAAUCAGAACUUUAGAUGAACUCGGCGUCUGCGAGGUAAUUCCAAGUCUGUAUUUUCCAAAUACAAUGGAUAGAGAACGACAUAAUCAGGAUCUGAAUGGCUGCCACAGCAACUCUGAAACUGUUAUUCCUCCUCCUGGCUCUAGUGCAAGCAUUGAUAAAGGAACCACAUCAACUGAAGAUAUAGGAUUUGGCAAAAGGAGGCAGCAUCGUUGCUUGGUGGUAACAGCGCGCGCACGCUCUUUUCUUUACCAUCAGGUUAGACUACUUGUUGGUGUUCUCAAAGUUGUUGGAACUGGAAACCUAACAAUUCCAGACGUUGAAAGAAUCUUGAAUGCCAAGACUAUUACAGCCGCAAGUCCAAUGGCCCCGGCAUGUGGUCUAUACCUAGGUGAAGUGAAAUAUGAUCUGCCUAAUUAAGUCAUGCCAUGGACACAGAUGUCCGUCUAACCAUUGCUGCUUCUCUCUGUUUAAAUGUGCCAUUUAGGAAUUAGGAGAUUUUGAUUUGUUGGUGGAUUAGGAUUUUCAUUUUACUAUACUUGGACUUACUUUCUGAUAUCGUUACUUUCACCAACAACGUUUAUCUUUUAUUUAUGGUCUUUGUUGAUAAAGAAAAGAGGAAUACUAGAUGGCUAUCAAAAUUUAUUGUUUUGGUCAUCAAUGUUUUAAGGUAUAUGUUGAAGUAUGUUGUUGGAUUACUAAACUAAAGAAAUUUGGUUGAUAGCUAAAAGUGAUGGUCAAAACCAAUAAAUUUUGAUAUUCCUCUAGCAUUUCUCUAAAAGAAAUGUAACAUAGCCGUUAUUUGUUUGUCAUGGUUCCACCAAUAGAAAUAUCGAUGGUAAUGGGGGCCAUGUCAAGCAAGCACAAAUUCUUUCAUACAACUAUACAAGUGAUUACUCAGUUUUGUUAGUUUUUUUUUUUUUUUUCACUUUUCCGGUGUAACUCAUGCCUUGUCACAGACAUUUUAGAGUUUCGUUUUUCAUUA